GAUCUGCGCGCUGACGUCAUGUGACAGCCUGUCGCAGUUCAGCGCUCUGCUUUUUCAACCUUUAUCCGCCACGGUACAAAGUUACACAUGUUCCUCUGCUGCAUGAGGUUGUGAGGAGGUUUGUUUCACAUCGCGGUUUGUUUGAAGACGGUUUUUAGGAAGAAGAAGCGAUAAGGCCAUUGUUCAGAGUGACCAAAGUGAGGAUUCACGGGGGGAGACGUUAGCUUAGCAAACACCGGCUGUUAGCCCCGCUGCUGACCCAAACAUGAGGCAGCCGCCUGCAAAACUGUAACCAGCAGUCUGACGCCUCUGCUCAGGAUAUGCUUGAUCUGCAUGCACAACUGCGGCAGGGAUGAACAGCGAAAACAUCACCCUCUGCGAGAAAACCGUCUCGUCUUCCUACAUCCGCCAGGGCUCUCAGGCUCGCCGUGGCCACGAACAGCUCAUCAGACAUUUACUGGACCAGGGUAAGUGCCCGGAGGAAGGAUGGAGCGAAAGCACUGUAGAGCUCUUCCUAAACGAGCUGGCCGUGAUGGACAGCAACAACUUCCUGGGCAACUGCGGUGUCGGAGAGAGGGAGGGCCGCGUGGCGUCCAGCCUGGUGGCGAGGAGACAUUACAGGCUGAUCCAUGGCAUUGGUCGGUCGGGUGACAUCGCUGCCGUUCAGCCCAAAGCUGCAGGAUCCAGUCUGCUCAACAAGCUCACAAACUCUGUUGUUCUGGACAUCUUGAAGAUUUCAGGUGUUCGCAGUGUGGCAAGCUGCUUUGUUGUUCCCAUGGCAACAGGAAUGAGCCUGACCCUGUGCUUCCUGACCCUCCGUCACCGCAGACCCAAGGCCCGCUACAUCAUCUGGCCUCGCAUCGACCAGAAGUCAUGUUUCAAAUCCAUGAUCACAGCAGGAUUUGAACCCAUAGUUGUGGAGAAUGUCUUGGAGGGGGACGAGCUGCGAACGGACCUAGAAGCGGUUCAACGCAAGAUCGAUGACCUUGGAGCAGAAAACAUCCUGUGCGUUCAUUCGACAACGUCUUGCUUCGCUCCACGGGUCCCCGACAGGCUUGAAGAACUGGCCAUUAUGUGUGCCAAACAUGACAUCCCUCACAUUGUUAACAAUGCGUACGGAGUGCAGUCGUCCAAAUGCAUGCAUCUUAUCCAGCAGGGGGCUCGUGUGGGAAGAAUCGAUGCCUUUGUUCAGAGCUUGGACAAGAACUUCAUGGUUCCAGUAGGUGGAGCCAUAAUCGCAGGUUUUGAUGAGUCGUUUGUGCAGGAGAUAAGCAAGAUGUACCCAGGUAGAGCGUCGGCUUCACCUUCCCUCGAUGUCCUCAUUACCCUUCUCACUCUGGGAUCCAACGGCUACAAGAGGUACCUAUCGGAGAGAAAGGAGAUUUAUUCCUUCCUGGCCGAGGAGCUGAAGAGUCUUGCUUCUGCACACGGGGAGAGAUUGCUUCACACCCCACAUAAUCCCAUAUCUCUGGCCAUGUCUCUAGAUGGUCUCCAGGCCUCCAGCAACCAGGCGGUGACUCAGCUCGGCUCCAUGCUGUUCACCCGACAGGUGUCAGGAGCGAGAGUGAUACCGCUGGGUAAGGAGCAGACGAUUAGCGGUCACACCUUUCGUGGAUUCAUGUCGCACUCUGAGUCGUACCGCUGCCCGUACCUCAACGCUGCCUCGGCCGUGGGCAUCACCCGAAGCGACGUGACGCUGUGCAUGAAGAGGCUGGACAAAUGUCUGAAAGCUCUGAAGAAACAUGGGCAAACGGCGAGCAGCUGCUCCAGAGAACCUCAGGCCGAUCAGGAUGCGCCUGAUGAAGAAUGACUGAGCAGAGGAAGCUACCAAACCUCUUAUCUCGUUUGAUGCUUUAAGAGACUGGCACGUUUUUGAAUGUUUGCUUAAAAAAAUCAGAAGAUUGAUCGUUUCUACAGAUUUUAUUUAUAAUUAAAGCUGUUUGCACAGUGA